AUGGUGGCCACUGGCAAUCAAAUCUUGAUCAAAAAUGGCAUCAUAGUAAACCAUGAUGGUGCAUUGGAAGCGGACAUUUUGAUCGAAGACGAAGAAAUCAAAAAAGUUGGUCAAAAUAUUCAAGUGGAUGAAAAUGUGGAAGUGAUCGAUGCCAGUGGACGUUAUGUCCUCCCUGGUGGUGUGGAUCCAGAUUGCCGUCUUCUAAAUCCAUCAGAUGGGAUUCCCGUGGCCGAAGAUUUCAAGACUGGAUCUGGCGCUUCCCUCUUAGGUGGUACUACGACAAUUAUUAACGAGAUUACCGUUCGCCCGGGUCUCAGCAUUAUCGAUGCUUAUGCCCAUCACCGCAGUAUUCUCGACGCCCAAUGCCGCUGCGAUUUCGCGCUUUUUCUCACUGUGCCUCACUUUUCUCCUAAAGUUGCUAACGAGAUGAAGUUACUCGCUGCUGAUGAGAAAGUAGUAUCGUUUUCAUUUCGUUUACAAAGUGGGGAGUCUGCCGGAUUUGACGAGGAGACCCUCAUGACCGCCAUGGAUCUCUGCUCCUCAUUGGGUGUUCCUCCAUCUGUGCCUGCCUGUGGGAAUCCAGCCGUUUUGAACAAAAUAGCUGAAUCUGUCUUCUCAUCCGGCUUUACUGGGCCCGAGGGCUGUCUACUAGCCUCCCCAGAACGAUUUGAGUCGGACACGGUGUCUAGAGUUGGGCUUUUGGCUGCAGCUACAAACUGUCCUGUUAUUUUUACUCGAAUCCACAGCUUGGCCGCUCUGAAAGCGCUUCUUGAACAACGUGAUCUUGGUAGCGCAAUCUUUGGUGAAACCGACAUUGCAGCUAUUGGCUGUGUCUUUGCUGGGAACACAGUAACACAUCCAAAUUGGGCCAAGGCCGCUGGCUGCGUCUCUGACCCACCAAUCAGACCCGAGGAGACAGUUGCAAGAAAGCUUCUGUCUCAUGUAGCCACUGGUGAAUUAAUGGCGGUGGGUUCAGCGCAUCGUGCGAUCCCCUCGAAUAUUCGGGCUGGGUUGGGAUUGAAUGACUUCCGUCAGAUUCCCAUAGGUCAGGCGACGGCUGGAGGGCGUCUUAGCGCUCUGUGGAAAAUUGGAGUUGAGAAGGAAGCCCUCCUGGAUCCCUGUGGGUUCGUUUCUGCAGUUAGUACGAAUCCAGCUCGGUUAUACAACCUCUAUCCACGAAAGGGCUGUAUUGCAGAGGGCAGCGACGCAGACAUCGUCAUCUGGAAUCCUGAAUCAAAGGAUGCUUCUAGAAAUUUGAUUCCGGAUGGUGUGGAAGAUCCGUUUGAAGGUCUAAAUUGUUUCACCUGCCGUCCGGAGGUGGUUUUACUCCGUGGCAGAGUGGUGGUGAGGGAAGGCGAGUUGGUGGAGACGACCGAACCCACCGGCCGAUUUGUUCAUACCAAGACAUCAAGUGGUAUGGUAUUCAGUCGAACAGCAGCGUUAAAGGCCCUUGGUGAGACGCUGCUCUGUCCAGUGACACGUGAGCCCUACUCCGGUCCUGUAAUCAAUCUGGACCCUGCGUGUGAUCAUACCUCACCACCAAGAGAGUCGCAUUUCUAUCGCAAAUCGGACUAUGACAAUGUUCCUAAGGAGGCCUUGCCACCAGGGCAAAGGGUGAUCCACACCUCUGUGAAGACUGCACAGCCUCCUGGGGGCGAGUCAAAAUCGUUUUGGUGGAACAACUGA